AUGGUUGAAUGGUACCAUGAACGGACAUCGAAGAUUUUAGAAGGUAAAGCCAAUACAGGGUGGGUUUCAGGAUGUUUAGACCUUAAAGCCGACAAAGAAACUGUAGAUAUGUUGGCACAAACGGUUUCAAGUCAUACCAGAGGUUUAAUGGAAGAUGGACAACAGUUGAAAGAGCUUGAGAAAGGUGUUACAGAGUUAAGGAAUACAAAAGCAGACUCGACAUGGAUAAAAGGAUAUGUAGAUGCAACAAAAGAACGUAUUUUCGCAUGGACAGAAGGAACAUACCCACAAAAAUAUCAUAGACAUAGCAUCUCUGACGUAAAUGAACUUGAAGAAAAGUUAUAUAAAAAAGCAGACAAAACAGAGCUUCAAACGUUAAAGACAGAAAUACUUCAAACAGUAUAUCCUAUAGGUUCUAUUUAUACGUCAAUGAACUCUACCAGACCAGAAGUAGUACUUGGUUUUGGAACUUGGACUCAAAUAGUCGACAGGUUUUUGUAUUGUGCAAACUCUUCAAAGGAAACAGGUGGAAGUAAAACGAUUUCAGGUGAAAACUUACCUGCGCAUAGUCACUACGUAGAUUUAACUACAUCUCUAGAAGGUUGGCAUAAGCAUAGAUAUUGGGAUUG